GUUACCCCGGAAGUCCUGCCCCUGCCCCCGCCCGCGGCAAACAUGGCGGUGGACUCGGCGAUGGAGCUGCUAUUUUUAGACACUUUCAAGCACCCCAGCGCUGAGCAGAGUUCCCAUAUAGAUGUGGUUCGUUUUCCGUGUGUGGUUUAUAUCAAUGAAGUCCGUGUCAUUCCACCAGGAGUAAGAGCUCAUAGUAGUCUGCCUGAUAAUAGAGCAUAUGGGGAAACCUCUCCACAUACAUUUCAGCUAGACUUUUUUUUCAACAAUGUAAGCAAACCAAGUGCUCCCGUUUUUGAUAGGUUGGGAAGUCUGGACUAUGAUGAAAACACCUCUAUCAUCUUUAGACCUAAUGCAAAGGUAAAUACUGAUGGCUUGGUUCUAAGAGGUUGGUACAACUGUCUGACACUAGCAAUAUAUGGAUCCGUUGAUAGAGUGAUAAGUCAUGAUAGAGACUCUCCACCACCACCACCUCCACCUCCACCACCUCCACAGCAGCAGCCAAGUGUAAAAAGAACCCCAAAACAUGCAGAUGGUGAGAAAGAAGAGCAGUUUAAUGGAAGUCCUCCAAGACCACAGCCCCGAGGACCAAGGACUCCUCCAGGACCCCCUCCACCUGAUGAUGAUGAUGAUGAUGAACCUCUGCCAGUACCAGUGGUUGGUGAAAAAGAAGAUGAUGUUCCUCAACGAGAAGAUUACUUUGAGCCCAUUUCACCUGAUCGGACUUCUGUUCAUCAAGAAGGGCAGUAUUCAGAUGAAGGUGAAGUAGAAGAGGAUCAUCAUGAGGAAGGUGAAGAUGAAGAAGAUGUAGAUGUUGAAGAAGAGGAGGAUGAAGAUGAGGAAGAUGGUCAUACAGUAGAGAGUAUCCCAGAAGAAGAAGAAGAUGAAGAAGAAGAGGAGGAAGAAGGUGAAGAAGAAGAAGGUGAAGAAGAAGAAGAUGAAGAAGAAGAAGGGGAAGGAGAAGAAGAAGAAGAAGAAGAAGGUGAAGGAGAUGAUGGCUAUGAACAAAUUUCUAGUGAUGAAGAUGGAAUUGCUGAUUUAGAACGUGAGACUUUUAAAUAUCCGAACUUUGAUGUUGAAUAUACUGCUGAGGAUUUAGCUUCAGUGCCUCCAAUGACAUAUGAUCCAUAUGACAGAGAACUUGUACCACUUGCAUACUUUAGCUGCCCUUACAAGACAACUUUUGAAAUUGAAGUCAGCAGGAUGAAAGACCAAGGUCCUGAUAAAGAAAAUUCAGGGGCAGUAGAAGCAUCAGUAAAGUUAGUGGAACUUUUAGAAUUAUACCAGGAAGAUAGAGGUCCAAAGUGGGUCACAGCUUUGGAAGAAGUUCCAGGUUUAAUAGUAAAAGGAUUAAGUUAUUUGCAGUUCAAAAAUGCACAACAAGACUACAUUGGCCAGCUGGUAGAUUGGACCAUGCAAGCCUUGAAUUUACAAGUAGCUCUCCGUCAGCCCAUUGCCUUAAAUGUCCGGCAGCUCAAAGCUGGUACUAAAUUAGUAUCCUCACUAGCAGAAUGUGGGCCUCAAGGAGUGAUGGGACUUUUACAAGCAGGAGUUAUCAGUGGAUUAUUUGAACUGCUAUUUGCUGACCAUGUAUCAUCUUCUCUUAAGCUAAAUGCUUUUAAAGCUUUGGACAGUAUUAUUAGUAUGACUGAAGGCAUGGAGGAUUUUUUAAGAGGCAGGCAGGACUUACAUGAAAAAAGUGGUUAUCAGAAACUUUUGGAGCUCAUUCUCUUGGAUCAGACCGUGAGAGUAGUUACUGCUGGUUCUGCAAUUCUCCAGAAAUGUCACUUCUAUGAGAUUCUGUCUGAAAUUAAAAGACUUGGUGAUCAGUUGGCAGAGAGGUCUUCUAUUCCUAACCACAGCGAAUCUGAGCAGGACACAGACCCUGGACUUGAGAGAACAAAUCCUGAAUAUGAAAAUGAAGUGGAAGCUUCUUUGGAUAUAGUUCAUCUUUUGGAAUCCUCUCUUAUAACUGAAGGGGAAAUAGAAAAGCUUAUUAAUCUCUUAGAUGAAAUCUUCCACUUAAUGGAGACUGCACCUCACACAAUGGUUCAGCCUCCUGUGAAGUCAUUCCCGACAAUAGCAAGGAUUACUGGACCUCCAGAGAGAGAUGAUCCUUAUCCUGUCCUAUUCAGAUAUCUCCACAGCCACCACUUCCUAGAAUUGGUCACCUUACUGCUGUCAGUUCCAGCAAUAAGUGCUCACCCUGCUGUGCUGCAGGCUAUGAGAGAUGUUUUGAAGUUUCUUACACAGUCACAAAAGGGUCUUCUUUUUUUCCUCUCGGAACAUGAGGCGACCAACUUGCUGAUUAGAGCUCUUUGUCACCUUCUUGAUCAAGAAGAAGAAGAUGGUCUCCAGGCUGAUGGUGUUAUUGAUGAUACAUUUGCUUUGUGGCUACAGUAUUCAACUCAGACUUUGCAGUUUAUUACAGAACUAUUUUGUCAUUUUCAGCGUUGCACAAACAAUGAGGAAACUGACCAUUCAGAUCUCUUGGGAACCCUUCAUAAUCUUUACCAGAUUACUUUUAAUCCUGUGGGAAGAGCAGCUGUUGGUCAUGUCUUCAGUCUUGAAAAGAAUCUCCAGAGUCUUAUUACUUUAAUGGAGUACUAUUCCAAAGAGGCUUUAGGGGACUCCAAGUCAAAGAAAUCGGUAGCUUAUAAUUAUGCGUGCAUACUUGUUUUGUUGGUGGUUCAGUCUUCUAGUGAUGUCCAGAUGCUAGAGCAACAUGCAGCGCCUCUCUUGAAGCUUUGUAAAGCAGAUGAAAAUAACACGAAAUUGCAAGAACUUGGCAAAUGGCUGGAGCCUCUGAAAAACCUUAGAUUUGAAAUUAAUUGUAUCCCAAGCCUAAUUGAAUAUGUUAAACAGAAUAUUGAUAACUUGAUGACCCCAGAAGGAGUUGGUCUACCAACUGCAUUACGUGUCCUCUGUAAUAUAGCGUGCCCACCACCUCCUGUUGAAGGUCAACAGAAAGAUCUGAAGUGGAACCUUGCAGUUAUUCAGCUUUUUUCUGCUGAAGGAAUGGACACCUUUAUUCGUGUUCUGCAAAAACUGAACAAUAUUCUUACGCAGCCUUGGAGACUCCAUGUCAACAUGGGGACUACUCUUCAUCGAGUUACUACCAUUUCCAUGGCCCGCUGCACACUCACUCUUCUUAAAACCAUGUUAACGGAGCUUCUCAGGGGUGGAUCCUUUGAGUUUAAAGACAUGCGUGUUCCUUCAGCCCUUGUUACUUUACACAUGCUACUGUGCUCUAUCCCUCUCUCAGGUCGUCUGGAUAGUGAUGAGCAGAAGAUUCAGAAUGACAUCAUUGAUAUCUUACUGACUUUUACACAGGGAGUUAAUGAAAAACUUACAAUUUCGGAAGAGACUUUAGCCAAUAAUACUUGGUCUUUAAUGUUAAAAGAAGUUCUUUCUUCAGUCUUGAGAGUUCCUGAAGGAUUUUUUUCUGGACUCAUUCUGCUUUCAGAGCUCCUGCCCCUUCCAUUGCCCAUGCAAACAACUCAGGUUAUUGAGCCACAUGAUAUAUCAGUGGCACUCAACACUCGCAAACUGUGGAGUAUGCAUCUCCACGUCCAGGCAAAGCUGCUCCAAGAAAUAGUUCGUUCUUUCUCUGGCACAACUUGCCUGCCAAUUCAGCACAUGUUGCGGCGCAUUUGUGUUCAAUUAUGUGACCUUGCUUCACCAACUGCACUUCUAAUCAUGAGAACUGUCUUGGACUUGAUUGUAGAAGACAUGCAAAGCAAUUCAGAAGAUAAAGAAAAACAGUAUACAAGUCAAACAACCAGACUUCUGGCUCUUCUUGAUGCCCUGGCUUCACACAAAGCUUGCAAAUUGGCUAUUUUGCAUCUGAUAAAUGGAACUAUUAAAGGUGAUGAACGAUAUGCAGAGAUUUUCCAGGAAUUGUUAGCUCUUCGAUCAACUGGAGAGAGUGUCAUUCAUCAGCAGUGUGUUGAAUAUGUCAUGUCCAUUUUGCAGUCUCUCUGUGAUCAGGACAUAGCACUUAUUUUGCCAAGUUCUUCAGAAGGAUCACUUUCAGAACUGGAACAAUUGUCCAAUUCUUUACCAAACAAGGAAUUGAUGGUCUUGAUCUGUGACUGUCUACUGGAAACAGUAGCCAAUUCUGAGAAUAGUUACAACUGCCUAAUGACAUGUGUCAGAACUAUGAUGUUUCUUGCAGAACAUGAUUAUGGAUUCUUUCACUUAAAAAGUUCAUUAAGAAAACACAGUAAUGCUUUGCACCGAUUAUUGAAACGAGUUGUUAGCACAUUUAGUAAGGAUACAGGAGAACUUGCAUCUUCUUUUUUGGAAUUCAUGAGACAAAUACUCAACUCUGACACAAUGGUAUGUUGUGGAGAUGACAGUGGUCUCAUGGAAAUAGAUGGAUCUCAUUCAUCAAGGACAUUGAGUCUUAAUGCUGCAGAAUUGAAACAACUUUUACAGAGCAAAGACGAAAGUCCAGAAAGUUUGCUUCUUCAACUGGAGAAGCAUAUUUUGGAACAUUCUAAAGAUGAUGACAACCUGGAUUCUUUGCAGGACAAUAUAGUUGGUCUUAGGCAAAUGUUGGAAUCUGCAGGUGAUCCUUUACCACUUAGUGAUCAAGAUGUGGAACCAGUACUUUCAGCUCCCGAAUCUCUUCAAAAUCUCUUUAACAAUAGGACUGCAUAUGUGUUAGCUGAUGUCAUGGAUGACCAGCUGAAAUCCAUGUGGUUCUCUCCAUUCCAGGCUGAAGAGAUUGAAACAGAUUUAGAUUUGGUAAAAGUUGACCUAAUUGAGCUGUCUGAAAAAUGCUAUAGUGACUUUGAUUUGCAAGCCGAAUUAGAGCGUUCCUUUUUGUCAGAACCAUCAUCUCCUGGGAGAACAAAGACUACAAAAGGAUUUAAACUUGGCAAGCACAAACAUGAGACUUUUAUAACAUCGAGUGGAAAAUCUGAAUACAUUGAACCUGCCAAGAGAGCACACAUCGUGCCACCUCCCAGAGGAAGAGGCCGGGGAGGAUUUGGACAGGGCAUCAGACCCCAUGAUAUCUUUCGUCAGAGGAAACAGAACACCAGUAGGCCACCAUCUAUGCACGUGGAUGAUUUUGUUGCAGCUGAAAGCAAAGAAGUUGUCCCACAGGAUGGACUACCACCACCAAAAAGGCCACCCAAAGUAUCACAGAAGAUUUCUUCUCGUGGUGGAUUUUCAGGGAACCGAGGAGGACGAGGUGCUUUUCAUAGUCAGAAUCGGUUCUUCACUCCACCUGCUUCAAAAGGAAAUUAUAGUCGUCGUGAGGGAACACGAGGUUCUAGCUGGAGUGCGCAAAGUACACCACGAGGAACCUAUAAUGAAAGUAGAGGAGGGCAGAGCAAUUUUAGCAGGGGGCCUCUUCCACCCCUUCGGCCACUCAGUUCUGCAGGAUAUCGUCCAAGUCCACGCGACCGUGCUUCCAGAGGUCGGGGUGGACUUGGUCCUUCUUGGGCAAGCGCAAAUAGUGGCAGUGGAGGCUCAAGAGGAAAAUUUGUUAGUGGAGGCAGCGGGAGAGGUCGUCAUGUACGGUCCUUCACACGAUAAAAAUUAUUCUUGGGAACAUUCUAAUAGCAUAGACAUUUCAUCAAGACAAUUUUUAAAAAUUAAGGCACUGAAGGACCAAUUUAGACUUAACAGAUAUCGGGAGACAUCUGAGAGAAUAUUUUUAUCUGAAGAAAGAUUUUGUUUGAUACGAAACAUGAAAUUUCAAUAAAAAUCCAAACAUUUUUAUGUA